UGUCUCAUUUUAAACUGUGCAGACUAUUUUAAUCCUCCCACCCCCAGCUCAGAUUUUCCCCUCCCUCCAUCCUCUGGAAAGCUGCGCUGUAGAGCGCUCGCGGGGUGGGAGAGCACUUCUCCCCGAGGCUCGGGGAGGCGACAACCGAGAAGCCCCCCUCGCCUGGACCUCCAGGAGGGCACGCGGGGGGGAGGGAAGAGCUUUCGGCCCCUUUAAGGUGCGGCGUUCGGCGAAGUGCGGGCAGGCGGCCCGCGAGCCGGCGCGGGGCCAGGAGCCGGGUAGGGAAGUCCUGCCUCCCCCUCCGCCCGCACCGGCCCGCGCCCUCCGCCCACCGCGCCGCGAGGGCCAUGCGGCGCCUCUGAACCAUGUCGUCCUCCUACGGCAAGAACGGGGCGGCGGACGGGCCGCACUCCCCCAGCUCGCAGGUGGCCCGAGGCACCACGACCCGGAGGAGCAGGUUGAAAAGAUCGGAUGGCAGCACCACUUCCACCAGCUUCAUCCUCAGACAGGGGUCAGCAGAUUCCUAUACAAGCAGGCCGUCGGACUCCGAUGUCUCUUUGGAAGAGGACCGGGAAGCGAUCCGGCAAGAGCGAGAACAGCAAGCAGCUAUCCAGCUUGAGAGAGCGAAGUCCAAACCUGUGGCUUUUGCGGUGAAAACGAAUGUGAGCUACUGUGGUGCCCUGGAUGAAGAUGUGCCCGUCCCCAGCACAGCCAUCUCCUUUGACGCCAAGGACUUCCUUCACAUUAAAGAGAAAUAUAACAAUGAUUGGUGGAUAGGAAGACUGGUAAAAGAGGGCUGUGAGAUUGGCUUCAUCCCAAGUCCACUGCGCUUAGAGAACAUUCGGAUUCAACAGGAACAGAAAAGAGGCCGUUUUCAUGGCGGGAAAUCGAGCGGAAACUCUUCCUCCAGCCUGGGAGAAAUGGUGUCAGGGACAUUUCGAGCAACUCCCACAACAGCAGCAAAACAGAAGCAGAAAGUGACGGAGCACAUUCCUCCGUAUGAUGUUGUGCCGUCGAUGCGUCCUGUGGUGUUAGUGGGGCCAUCACUGAAAGGUUAUGAGGUAACAGACAUGAUGCAGAAAGCCCUCUUUGAUUUCCUGAAGCACAGGUUUGAUGGGAGGAUAUCAAUAACAAGAGUGACAGCUGACAUUUCUCUUGCUAAGAGGUCUGUCCUCAACAAUCCUAGCAAGAGAGCAAUAAUUGAACGUUCCAACACCAGAUCCAGCUUAGCGGAAGUACAGAGUGAAAUUGAAAGAAUUUUUGAGUUGGCAAGAUCUUUGCAAUUGGUUGUUCUCGAUGCAGACACCAUCAACCACCCAGCACAGCUGAUAAAGACAUCCUUAGCACCCAUCAUCGUCCAUGUGAAGGUCUCGUCCCCAAAGGUUUUACAGCGGCUGAUUAAGUCCAGAGGAAAGUCCCAAAGCAAACACUUGAAUGUUCAACUGGUGGCGGCUGAUAAACUGGCCCAGUGCCCGCCUGAAAUGUUUGAUGUUAUAUUAGAUGAGAAUCAGCUUGAGGAUGCCUGUGAGCACCUGGGAGAGUACCUGGAGGCGUACUGGCGUGCCACCCACACAAGCAGUAGCACCCCUAUGACCCCAUUACUGGGGCGGAACGUGGGCUCCACAGCCCUCUCACCAUACCCCGCAGCGAUCUCUGGACUACAGAGUCAGCGAAUGAGACACAGCAACCAUUCUACAGAGAAUUCUCCAAUUGAAAGACGAAGCCUAAUGACCUCGGAUGAAAAUUACCACAAUGAGAGGGCCCGCAAGAGUCGGAACCGCUUGUCUUCCAGCUCCCAGCAGAGCCGAGAUCACUACCCUCUCGUGGAAGAAGAUUACCCUGACUCAUACCAGGACACUUACAAACCCCACAGGAACCGAGGAUCACCUGGGGGGUGCAGCCAUGACUCCCGACAUAGGCUUUGAGGCUGCCGAAACAAACAAACAAAAAUCAUCCGUUGACAAUUUGCCAUAGUACUGCUAUUAACCAGUCAUCUUAAUUUGGCAAGCACAGCACAGUAUCUGCUGUGUGGGUGGGCUGCUGUCAUUUGAUCCUAGGGGCAAGAAUUAAAUAGAAGUACAUUACGCCCUUGAGUCUAGAUGGGUAUUAGAUGCCCAAUCAUAUAGGUAUUUUUAAGUGCUACAUUUACAUGAUAACAGUACCUUUUGUUUUCUUCAUAGAUUUUAGACACAUCAAUUUGUAAUUUAGGGUACUUAUCAAGGCACAUAUAAAAUAAUUUCCCAUGUAGGAAAUUCCAAAUGACCAGUUCCAGUUGGAACCAAUUUAUAAACCAAUUCCUGUUGGAAUUUGGGUGAAUUGACUGGAAAGUCUACUUGAGCAUGUUGAAAUCAAUUGAAAAAUCAGACAAAGAAAAUAUCCAAUAAAAAAAUCAAAAUAUUAAUAGAAACCAAACCCAGCUAUGGAAUUUAUUUGCUGGAAGCUAAAUUUACACUUCAAGUUGGAAUGUAUAAACAUUUUAAUAAUAUGUUAAUGUUGCCAGAAUGGCUUUUCAAACUUACCAAAUAUAUUGAUAGUGCCAAAAAAAGAUCUCAGAAAUCUUAAUGCAGAAAUUAUAUAAUCGCCUCAGAUUUUAAUAUCUUUAUUUUUCCUGAUACAGCUGUCGUAUUCAAAGUGUUUUUGCCUUCUGUUCAGUCAGUACCGUUAGCCAGUUUGAAGUUGACAAAAUCCGGGGGAUAUUUGAGAAUAGUAAAGAGAAGCCCAAGCACGACCAGUUCCGGGAAAUGGAGAAUGAGGCGUUGUUUCUUCUGUAGUCAGUUUGUACACAACUGCACACAUCUGGAGCUCCGCAGUCAGCUAGCAGAGGUGUGGCCAGAGCUUUCUGGAUACAGCGGUGAUUGGCUCUGGAUGGGAAGCUGUCCUUCCUGCUACUCCCGGACACCAACUUAGCAGCUCAGCCAGCAUGGCUGAGUAUCUUUCCCUCAGUCCAGCCAGUCUCUGACUUUGGAUAUAAUGAGUGUCUUGGCCCUGCAUCACACUCCUUUUAUUUUUCAUGGGCAUAAUCAAAUUAGGUACCAAAAGUUAUGUUUUCACAAAAUAAUUUGGAAAAGUUAAAACACUGAAUUAAAACCUUGAAAAAAAAAAAACAAACCCUCACAGAUUGAGAAUAUAUUUGUUCACUAAAAGCAAGGCAGUUUUAAUGCACGCCAUUAGAGAGAGUUUAGAGACUGCUCAGUAUCAUUGCAAGCCUUUAGAUUCCCAAUGAGUGUAUUUAUGGAAUUGGUGACCUAUGUCCUAUAUUAUUAAAGAAGGCUUUAAUCCAAGAAAUUAUUGAAAUUGACCCUUUGAAACAAAUGUCUUUAUGACAAAUGUCUUUAUGACACAUAUAUGUGUUUUCUAAAGACCCAAUUUGAGCUAGAUAUAAAGUCUCUUUCUAUUAAUGCCUUGAAGUCAAUUUUUAAAACAAGUAUAAUUAAUUUUAUGUUAAUUUUCUCCAAAAAUUUCAAGACAUGGGCCCCCAAAACUAUGUACCAGUUCAUUAAUUUUCCUGAUCAAGAGUCUAAGUUUCAUAUUCUUAAUCAGUUAUUCAUAUCUUGAAUCCCAUCAAACCACUGUCUUGAUUGUAUGUGCAACCCGUUAUGAACCUGCUUAUCUGAUAAUGAGGCUGCCUGAAAUUUUGUAAGUAAUCUCAAACAUUUGAUACAUUUAAACACGGGCUCAGUAAAAUUGACAAGCUACCAUCUGAUACAGGCUUGUGAAGCCCAAGUGUCAUCCAUCGAGGCUUACAGAAUUUUCUGUUAAGACAUUUAACAGAGCUGUAUUCAUUGGGCUCUUUAAUAAGCAUAUAAUCUUCCAUUACUGAAGAUUUCGUUAGAACACAGAAGAGCAUUUUCCAGCAAACAAACUAUAUUUAUUACAUGUAUAGCACAUAUUUGCAUGAGAAAGAAAACAUUAGCCAAACAUUUUCCUGUAUGCUUUACUGGUUUCUUGUUUGUGCGCAUUAAAGCAUUUAAUUGCAGAGAGUGCACUUGGGUGUAUAAAUUUAGAAUAGAUUGCUGUUCAGCUUUUUCUGCAGUAGCAUUAGCAAUUUGGUCAUUUAACUACUUUAAGAUAUUUCUAUUUUAUGGAAGGUAGCUGUAACAGCAUUUACAUAUAUUUCCUAGUCAACAAGGCUACCUUUCCUUUCAACUUUGAGGGGUCACUUGGUUCUCAAGCUUCUCCAGCCUUUUUCUCCCUCCACCCUUUUGCUCUUCCAUGUCAUGCUGGAAGAUGGAGGCCCAUGUAAUUUGUGCACAAGACUCAUCCAUAAUCUGCCAUCAAAAGUCCAUACCUAUUUUGCUUUGCAGUUCUAUUAAAAAGCUAGCAAUGUUGGGAAAGGGUAAGACAUAUAUUCUUGAUGAAUAUAUUCACUGUUUCACUUCAAUUUUGCGUAUCUUUCAUCUUCCUCCUGUAAGCUUCUCUCCUUCAAAUGAGGAAGAGAGAAGAUUCCUCCUCUCUUUGUAAAGGCUCAGAGUUGCUUGUAUAAAUGACUAAAAUCCAGAUAUAUACUAAAUAAAAUCUUUUAUUUUUGCCAAGCAUACCAAGAACCUCUAGGAAAUGCCUAUUCCAUGAGUACUUUGCUUUAAUUCAUUUUACUCAAAAUGGCAAACGAUGACAAGCAGGAGAAAUAUUUCUAUAUCAUUUGAGGCUAUUUUCACUUAUAGAAUAGACCAUGUUAGAAUUCUGUGAGUUUUUAUGCUAUAUAAUAAUGCAGACUCAUGCAAACAAUGUGGAAAUGUGGUCCUGGAAAAAGAAGAAAUGCUAUUUAUGUUUUUUUGGCUUAUUUCCAAGACUAUAAUAUGACUACAAUAUCAUAAUCAACACUGUCACCUUGUUUAUGCUAACACCUAACAACACAUAGUAGUAUUUACAAAUAACUGUGAUUCUCUCCCAUCUUUAUAUGGCUCUACUGGGUAGAUUGCAAUAGUUAGCAAUUAGACUCAUGGUCUUUCCUAAAAAGUCUCAACUGUGUUACUACACAAAUCACUACAUCAUUUCAUCCUUGAAGGAAGGAAUUUUAAAGUCUGAAACAAAUUGAGACAAUUAUUUGUUCCACUUUGAAUAAUCUGUGAUUUGCUCCCAUUAUAAUUGCUGUCUGCAAAAAUGUAUUUUUAGAAUGUUAAUGUCUUUUCAUACCUGCAUACUUGAACUUGUCUUUUGUGUGGGGGGCCUUAAACUUCAUAGUAGAGAAUGGGGGUGUGAAAAGGGAAUGAAGACAAAGAAGCUGUGGUAAAAGAUAGUGCACACACUCUUCCACUUUCAAUGAACAUAUCCCAAAAUGUUGAGGCACAGUAUGUCAGUGAAGAACGUUUCUAGGCAACCUUGAUUUGCAAGCUAGUAUAUUUUCUUACAUAAUUUUAUUUUGGUAUUUGCUAAAGAAAACAAAAAAAAAAAGAACCCAAUACCACCAUACAAAUUGCCCUCUGUAAUGAUAUGUUCACUACCUCUUCUCUAGAGAAAACAGUCUGUGUGGAGGGGAACGUCCCGGUGAGAGUCCAUUCUGCCAGCCGUGGGCGGCGUUGGAAGUGUUCAGACACGCCUGCCCUUUAGAGUUCACACUGUUUUCAAUGCUCCCAGCACGUUCUCAUUUCUUCAACGUCAGCAAGGUUUUCUUGAAAUCGAUCCACGGCUUCUCAUGACGUGAGUUUAACAAGAAGCCACCGUAGGGAGCAAAGCAAAGCGAAAGGAACUACCUCUGUGCCAAAUGUAGCCUCUAGCUCAGGUCUAAGGAAGAGAAUCCGGAGACUAGAUGUUUCAAGGCAGAGCUGGUUGAUCCUUGAAGUCUAGGGGUACUAAGGACAUGCUGUGGCCACUGGAUAAGGAUCUGCAUUGUAUGGAACUCCCAUGUAAUUGCAACAAACCUCAUAGCAACAUUUCAAAUAAAUGAUUACAUAACCUUUACUCCUUUAUAUUUGCCUGUGUCUCUCAUGACAGUGUUACAUUUUUAAUUACAUAAAACUAAUCCUUGAAUGACUGCGUGAGUUAAAAACUACAAGAAAUCAUGUAACAAAAUGUUUAUCAGUUCCUUACAUCUUUAAAUAUUGUCAACACUGUAACUGUUAAUUAAGUUACUUACUCCAGCUGUGUCUACCUGGCAAACAGCCGUCCUUUUUGUUUAAAUGAUGAUGAUAGAAUCAGACAACUUAAGAGCUGUAGGACAGACAUUAAGAAUAACUUCUUGUUGAGUUAAGCAAUCCAGUUUAUCAAAAUCGUAAAACUGGCUUAUAUGGGCAGACAGCUACAGCAUUCAGAAAUGACUCUUUAAGGUUUCUUCUUUUGUUAAAAGGACCUUUCUCCAAUGAAAUAAUCCUCUGACAGCAAUGUCUUCCCUUGUGGAUAACUUAAGACAAAAUGCUGCAUGUAAUGAAGUUGUAAUAUGAGAAGAUUAGGAAGUAUCUCAUCAGAUAAUCUCAAUUAAGGGCUGCAACUCCUACUUGCCAUAAAUACAUAUAAAUAAGAGGGGAUAGUGCUAAGACUUGGGUAAUCAUAACUUUUCAUGAAACUUUCCUUUUGGUGGAUGUAAAAUAUUCACAGAAAGAUGGAAGAAAAUGUUACCAAUGAACUUAUAAGAGUUUAGGGAAUUCACUGAUUCUUCCUCAUUUGAACGUUAUAAAGAGUUAAAGUGAGGACCGAGAAGAGUAGCAGAUCUUUAGUGUUUCAAGAGUCUUGGGUUAUAUUUUAAAUAAUUAAAUCUCCCAGCAAACAGCUCAAUCUGUAUUUACGCAGGGGCUUCUCUUGCCCUACCUGCGUACUACUUCAUACACUUCACGGAAAUCAGUGUGAAUUCCAUACACACAGGGCGUCCCGGAUGCGGGGACAUCGGAGUGAGUUCUGUUCGCACAGGGGUGUCACACAUGUGGGGGUCAUUAACGCUGUAUUGUUGCAUACUAUUUUUCAUAUGCCUUACAAUAUUUUCUGGAACGUUAUUAAAAAUGAAAGCAUUUUAUUGCCAAAAUAAAUCUAUGUUGUUACUUCUGCAUUAGCAGUAGAAAAAUAAUGUAGCAAAAAUAUAUAUUGUACAGUACAAAAUUAUAAUAUAUAUAUAUAUUUUGCCAAUAAAUGAAAAUAGAUCGAGGAGAAAGAAGCACAUUUGUUAUAGCACAAACUUACAAAAAAACCCACUGUUAAAUUUGGCAGUCCUGUUCUUAGACUUAUGUAGAUUUGGUUCUCUGUCUUAGCAGAUUUAUUUCAUCGCUCAUAUUUGUAAUUCUGCUGCUUGAUAUUUUCCAGCAAUUUAUUUCAUAGCCUUGCAAUCUGUGAGUGUAAUUUACUUAUUUUAUUCCCUUACAUAAAACAUAUGACCUUUAUUUUGUGUUACGACUCAUAUUAUAUGACUCUAUUUUUCUGUUCCCGUUUCUUCUCCUUUGGUAACAGAUGGCACAGCCGGUGAGCUCGCAGGGCUCCUCUGGCCUUUGGAUGUUCGAAGUUUAUGUUUUUCCCAGCCUCAAGUUAGAGAUCAGUAAAAUGUCCCCAUGGAAAAAUAUUAAGUAGGGAUUAUUUUUUUGUUUUGUUUUGUUUUGUUUUGUACUUGAUACUAUUUGAAGCAUAAAUUAAAGCUAUUAGCUGUAUUUUAAGAGGUGGGAGGGAUUAAAAAUAAUGUUAUUAAUAGGAAACAUACUAAAAAUAACUAUGGCAAAAUGAUAUUAAAAGAUACCCCAUUCUGAGGGCUGUUGACAUCCCAGGCUAUUCCUAUGUCUCUGCUGAUGUGGUGGGGGAAAUGCCUUUGUCAAAUAACUUUUGUUUUCCUUUGGUUAUUUAUUUUAAUAAUUUGUCCCUUUCAUUUUUGUUACAUAGAUAUGCGUAGCGUUCUACAAGGCAUGCUGGGGAAAAUACACUAUGCAAAUGUACACCGCGCUGCAUGCUUUGUUCUCCCUCCGCUUAGUGGCUUUAAAGAAAAAAAAAUGUGGUGUUAUUUUUGUGAACAAAGACAUUUAACAACAACAACAACAACAAAUACAGAGUGCAUGCAUACAGUAUCCUAAUUUCUAUGAGUUGUUUUAUGGAAUUUAAAUGUGUACAAAAACUGCAUUAAUUUUUUCUUUUAUAUAAUAAAUGAAAAAAAACAUGGAAACUAGCAUUCUACCUUUCAUUUAUAUUCUGGAAAUAUACAGAAAUUUCCAAAUGUAGUAAAUCAUAAGCAAUAUUCCUGCAGCUUUUAAUGGAAAAUAAAUUUAUAUAUU